AUGAAGUUUGAAACAGAUCAUUUGAAAUUGAGUAUAGAAUCUUUAUUAAAAGCUGUUAAAUCUACUGAUUUAGCUAAUUACAUUUUAAUUCCUUUCGGUGAUCAAGAUGUCGGUCCAUCAAUAAUAUCGAACACUACUAGUGGAUUAUUGGAUGUAAUCGAAUUGUUGGAGGUCAGCGGCGGGCAAGACUGCCAUGAAAACUCUCUAGCUGCCAUCGAAAAAGCGCUUCAAGUUAGCUUACCCAAAUCAAGUCAGGUAGUAAUAUUUCAAAGUGGUGAAUGUGAACAAAAUGAUGACCCUAGGCAGAUUGAAAAUGACAAUGCCUAUAACGAAAUAACAAGCAGUUGUGGUGGAUCAAUAUUUCAUUUAACAUUGGGCACUUUUCGCGAUGCUUUUAAAUAUAUUAAAGAGAUUACUAAGGUGGAUUGGACCGAUAUAGACACGCACAGAGAAUUCAGGCACAACAAACAAUUUACGCUCACAAUAGAUACUUAUACAAAAGACAUCGUAGUAUCUAUAUCUGGCGAUAAUCCUACAUUGCAAAUAUCAAAUAUUUUCGGAAACAGUAUCACAGUAAAUAAAAUUGUUGAACAUAAAACUAUGCUUGUUGUUCGCAUACAAGACAUUGAAGUUGGUGAGUAUAUAGCAAAUAUAAACUGUCAAGGCCCUGCAAUUGCAACGUUUUAUAGAAAAAAGGAAAUUAACUUUGAAUACGGCUUCUCAUCUUUACAACCGAAUAGUCUUAGGGAGACAGUGUCAAAACCAAUACCAGGAAGUACAACUUUUAUGCUCAUAUCUCUUCCGGAUGUUUCGUCCGUUGAACUGAUAUCAGUUAGAUUGCAAGCGAGUAUGUAUGAAAUUAAAAACGCCGAGUUUCGGGUUUUAGAUGAAAGCAGAGGAUUAUAUGUUGCAAAAAUAUUUAUAACUCCUGAACUUAAUGCUUUCAGAAUAACGGUAACGUGCCGUGAUAAAUUAAAUUAUAAAGAGAUAACCGGUACAACUGCUCUUUUGGAGCCACAGAAAAUCGUAACCCCAUCUGUAUGGUCAACGCCAUCAGUAGAAAUGAUUGAAAAUGAGCCACCAUUGAUCGACUUUGGGACAAGCUAUAAAACAGCUUGUAAAGUAAAAAGUUAUCCCAAGCCAGAUAUCUGGUGGGAGGAUAAUAGAGGUAUAAAGCUAUCAUCAGAGAGUGCACUACUUGAGAUACCAUUUAUUUACAUAAGUUAUGUGUCUAUUCAAAAUGCAACUCAUAAUGAAACAAUAUAUUGCAAAUGUAAAAAUGCUGAAGGUGAAAAUUCACUAUCUAUCGAUUUAUAUGUAAAUAGAACUUUUACGUUCGACGUUAAACAAUUUCCAACAGAUACCACUAUUAAAUAUGGGGACGAGGGCAAAUUGUUUUGUGAAGUCGAUGCGUAUCCAGAGGCUGACGUGAAGUGGUAUCACAACGAUACACUAAUAGAGGAAACGGACAACAUUCAUAUAGUACCAGAUCAGCACAUGCUAUUUAUUGAUAACAUGAAUAUUGAAAACACCGGCGAAUAUAAGUGUGAAGUAGCUAAUAAUGUUGAAACAAAAACUUUCUUAGCUAACGUGUAUAUAUCAGGCCUAGAGGCACCUGAAAUCGAAGUGCAAGAAUCGGAAAUUAUUUUAAAACCUGGUGAUUGGACGGAACAACAAUGCACGGUAAUAAAAGGUAUACCAGUGCCUGAAGUCACCUGGAAAUAUAAGUCUACACAAGGAGAUGCUGACAAACUUCCAGAUGGUGUUUACGUGGACGGAAAACUUUUGAAAAUUCCUUCAGCUGAUACAAAUCAUGGGGGAUUUUACGUUUGCGAAGCAGUGAAUUUCUUAGGAAUGGAUGAUCGAGAAGUAGCAGUUAAAGUACAGUACGCACCGAAGAUAAAAAAUGGUGAUGAAGUCAAAGUUGUACACGUUGGUGACUUAGUUGAAUUUCCCUGUGAAGUAGAUGCUGUACCUAAAGCAGAUGUUUAUUGGGACAUGUAUCAAGAUGACGUUAUUAUUGCUUUUGAUAACCGUCACCAUACAGAUGACAGGAAUACUCACAGGUUUUAUGCUAGUUCCUAUGAUUCGGGUAUGUAUCACUGUAUAGCCCAAAAUGAUAUGGGGCGUGCGAUACGAACUGUAACAUUGAACGUAUUAGUGCCGCCGUAUAUAGAACGGCUACCAUGGGAAACUUUAACAGUUAGAACAGGUAUGAAUGUCAUAGUCGCCUGUAAUGUGCGAUAUGGUAAUCCUGUUCCAUCUACUAGAUGGCAGUAUAUUACGCCAAUGUUUGAUAGAACUGUGCUGAAAAGAGGUGCAGGAAGAUUGGACCUAGUUUUGGAAAACGUAACUCGAAAGCAUGAGGGCACUUACGAGUGCAUAGCUGAAAAUGACGUUAGCAUAGAUUCUGUUAAAGUUCUUCUUAAAACAGUG